AUGACAAAUCUUUAUGAUACCUCAUUGGAUGGUUUAAUUGCAACACGUAGUGAGGUUAACAGUCUGCAACUGAGACAUGCAUGGUACCAUUCAAAUCUUACUCAAAUAAAAGGUCUCAAAGAAGAUAUAAAUAAAAUUCAAGAACGAUAUGAUUCAAACAUUCAGAAUAUCUUGGAUCAAAUUGCAAAACAAAAAGUAUGUGCAAAAGAAAUCCUUGUCAAUUCACUUAAUCAGCUUGAAUCCACAAUCAAUACCCAAGAUAUCAGAAAAUAUCUCAAUGAAUUAAUAAAUGCCAUUGAUCAUCUGCUUGGUCCUCUGUCCGAGCAAGUUUUAUUAGUAUCAAUUUUUUCGGGACUUGGCUUGCUCAGUUUUAUCGCAGCAUUUAUCGCUCUUUUUGCUGGAGCAUCUGCAUUCGGUGUUGCAACACUUGGACUGGGAUUUCUUGUUAGUAGCACAGCAAGUGAAGUUAUGUUUCGAAGUAAAUUAAGCGAAUUAGAUGAAAACUUAUCAGAUAACAUCAGAAACGUUCAAAAUCAGAAAUACGAACGAAUAAAAAAGCUCGAUGAAUAUUUCAAUAACUUCGAACAGAGAUUACAGCAUUGCCAUACUCAUGAUCAUAAUUCCAAAAUUAAUAUUGUAUGGUAUGAUAAAAAUCUUCAAAGCCACGAAAAUCAAUGUUAUAUUGAAAGAUUAAGAAACGAGUUUUCAGCAGAACAAUACCAAAUUAUGCAAUUCGAUGAUAAAGAUCAAUCAAUCGAUUCAGUUGUGUCUAGUAUUACGAACAAUCUUAUCUUAAUCACUUCAGGAUCAGCUGGAGAAGAAGUUAUAUCUGAAAUUGGAUAUUAUUUUCAUAUCAAAGGUAUAAUUAUAUUUUGUACUAAUGUUGAAUAUCACCAAAACUGGGCAAGAAAGUAUAAGAAAGUGUUACUUGUCACAAAUAUGUGUUCACAACCCUAG